CCGGGAGCGAGAGAGAAAGAGAGAGAAAGAGCGACGAAGAGGGAGGGGGCAACAGAGAAGGAAGGUGAAGGGGCAAGGCAUUGGUGAAGACGGGACGGAAGACGAGGGAGAAAAAAGGAGGGAGGGAAGUAGAGGCAGCCCGCGUGGACAACCGUGCACGCUCGUGUCUCUCGUUUCGUUUUACUGCUUUCGUUCGCGCGAGCGGCGCGUUGGAUGAGCACACUCGUUAGUGCCGGUUGAUGGUACACGUCUUCGGCGAUCGUGAUACAGCGAGCCGUUAGAAAUUUGCACGGUGAGAGAAGAAGAAGAAGAGGAGGAGAGGAGAGACCUUGUGUCCCGGGAGAAAUAUCUGUCGAUCGCGAGUGGUGGUCCUCGGCUUAGGAUCGGGCGUGGAAGUCGGCCAGGCGGGCCUCGUUUUCGUCUCACGGUCAAGCAGACACCGACGCAAUCAUGCUGAAGCUACUGGGGAACCUAGGUCAGUACCUGAAGACCUCGGCGAUCAAGACCGAGUCCACGGUGUUCAGGAUGCACAACAAGCUCACUCCGGUGCUGCUGUUGGCGGCCUCGGCGAUACUCACGGCCACCCAGUACGUCGGUAGCCCGAUCUCCUGCAUAGUCAAAGGUGUGCCCGAGCAUGUUGUCAAUACUUAUUGCUGGAUAAUGUCCACCUUCACCAUGCCGGACGCGUACUUUCGAGAGACCGGCAAGGAGGUUGCCCAUCCGGGAGUGGCCAACGACUUUGGAGACUUCACCGGGAGGAAAUACUACACGUACUACCAGUGGGUCUGCUUCAUGUUGUUCUUCCAGGCACUUUUAUGCUGGAUUCCGCAAUGGCUGUGGAAUUUCUGGGAAGGCGGCUUGAUGGAGACGAUCACCAUGGGCUUGGAUCAAAGCAUGGACACUAAAGAGAAUAUAGAGAAGAAGAAAAACUGUCUCAUGGAAUAUUUGACACUGUAUAUGAAGCGUCACACGACGUACGUGUAUGAGUACUUCGCCUGCGAAUUCCUAUGCCUCGUCAAUAUGUUCGGCCAGAUCUACCUGAUGAACUACUUUUUGGGCGGCGAGUUCUUCAGUUACGGCACGCGGGUGAUACAGUUCUCCAACAUGGACCAAGAGAAACGAGUGGAUCCUAUGGUCUAUGUGUUUCCCCGCAUGACCAAAUGUAUCUUUCACAAGUACGGUCCGUCGGGCUCGAUUCAGACCCACGACUCCCUCUGCCUACUACCGCUCAACGUGUUCAACGAGAAAGCCUACAUCUUCUUCUGGUUCUGGUACUUGCUGAUGGCCGUUUUGCUAGUGGGCCUGGUGAUGUACAGGCUAAUGAUCAUCUUCGCGCCCGGUCUGCGGUCGAGGCUGCUGCACAUGACGGCGAAGAGGCUGCCGAUCGAGAUCUGCGAGAGCGUAAACAAGAAGGUGAACCUCGGUGACUGGUGGAUACUCUACAACCUCGCGCAUAACAUGGACCCGGCCAUCUACCGGGAAUUCCUCACGGAGUUCACGAAGAAGAUGAGCAACUCCAGCCACACCAAAAUGAGCGUGUAACUCGCGCGUGUGUAUGUACAGUAGGGAAUUGCAUAGUUUUAUAUGCCGACGCGGACUGAGACACUCGCACCUCGCGACAGAAGCUCCCUCUUCCCCACGCGUCCCCUGCAAACAGUUCCGUCGCGAUAGGACUCUCAUGGAUAUACAGAUUUUUGUAUAUCGUCGUAAUGCAGACGUGGUAUCGCAUUGCAGAGCAUUCCGCCGCGCAAAGCGGCUGAGAUUCGAGCCGGCCUCUGUAAUUCAGGAGCGAUCCGACUCGGCCCUCCAACCUUGGACGACGCCGUAUUUUUCAGACGGGCGUCUCUUUUCAGACAAGCGCCGCUCGAGACGCGCAUAAGCAAGUGGAAACGUCCGCUGGAAACGUGUCGGGAAAACAAAUUCACGCGUUCACGUUGCGAUGUAAAUUCAUCGGUGACUUCUCGUCGCGCGAGCAGCCAACGGAAAUCGCUUAAUCCGAUGUUAACAGUUAGAUUACACGCUGCGCUUUUUCGUCGAGGCCGUCGGUGCGAGUGACGAAUCGAAUUCGCGGACGCGACUAUGGGAAGCGCGAGUCAAUGAAGACGCGAAGGAGUGACAGAAAUAAAGCAAGCCGAAGUAUAUCCGGAAGACAAACACGACACUAAUUCGGGUGAAACAUUCGUCACACGUCAUUACACGCGUGCGUUAUCGAACUAACGGAGAAAAUUCCUUGGCGUCGUUUGACUUGACAUUAUUUGAUUCGCGCAACAUAAUCGUUGGACUUGCAUGCCGAUAUUUUUUAUUUAUUUCUUUUUCCUCAAGAAACGUGUUGCCAUUUCUCGAGAGUUCCGAAUUUCGUUUCGCUGACUAAACGGUAAAACUACUUCGCGGAAAAUCUCGUUCGUACAAUGCGAGAUUCAAUGUAAUCUCGUCGUAUUGAGCUUUCCCGAUCGCACAUAUAACGCCGAUUGAGUUAUCCGUUUGUGCGAAAUACGGACGAACGUGCGCAAUGUGAUUUUCCGGCGGAAAUGAAAUGUGGCUAUCUAACGUGAUUAGAAGUAAUGGCUUGGGAAAGGUUAAUUAUAUGCGACGCGACUCAAAAGAUCCUUCCUUGAAACACGUGCGAUUUUGCCGGAAUCGAAUUGCCGAGGAUGUAGCGAUGCGAGAAACAUAAUUGACGGUGUUGUUUAAUCGCAUCUAUUUCUAUUCUCUUAAAGUGAAUUAGCGACAAUGUUCCCGCUGUGAAUCAGCAAAAGGAGUAUUUUACCGACUGAUAAUCAAUGAGUACGGAAGAGUUUCCUGACUCGUACCAGUUACCUAAAUUGUGCCUUAUUAUUUUUUUCUGUAAUUAUUGGAUGCAAGCGCGAUCCAGUGAUAAAUAUAUAAAAUAAAUGAGAGAUGAAAAACAAGUCAAAACUUAAAAGACUUGUAUUUUCUGUGUGAUAUAAAGAUCUUAAAAAUAUCUCAAGUGUACGAUUUUGGCAAUUUUUCGCCCUUUGUUGGUUGAUUUUCAGUAGGAGCACUCUCGUUACCGGAAGUAAGAUUUUAUUGGAGCUUUUAGUGCACGAACUCGUCGCAUAUUUAUAUACCCAGUUCAACUUUCCGUGUUCGUGACGAUGGAAUUAACGUCUUCCAAUGUUUCAUGUGUCUUGCGUGCACGUGCGGUGAGACGUAAUUUCACAUAAUUUUUUGUCUACAUCCGCGAAUUCUGCAUCAAUAACGGAAACAGUUGUCUACUCAAUCGACUAUUAACUGCCUUUUUCAGCGAGACUUUACUGACUGCAACAUUAUACUUCCAACUAAGCUAUCAGUUAGGACAUUUCAGUAAAAAAAGAGCCUGAUUGCAUUUCAAAGAGUACGUUGUCCAAGGGUUAAAGGGCCGAAAGAUCGUUACCGUUCGCUGCGUGUCGAUCGGAAACAAAGAGAGAUGUAUUGUGCUGAGAAUUCUUAAUUUCAAUUUCAACCACAGAAUCUCUUCGACUGGGGUUCCUCGCAGUCGUUCGUUUUUACAGGUACAUUCUUAGAUAAACGGUAACAAGAUGAAGAGAUACUUAAUAUAAGAUAUUAAGCGGAUUGCGCAACAAACGACGAGAGAGAGACUUCUUAGCGAGAGAUUUUCUCCGAGGGGCCUUCGGGGACUUUGGAUCCUUUUUUCUCGGCCAGUCUCUCCCGGUGGGACUCCAAGCCGAUAGUCGCGUAUUACGUAUAUGUCCUUAGUUUAAAUAAAUAUUUGUCUAGAGUGUGCAGAGAGAAAAAAAUGGACUCUUUCGUGUUAUGGCGAAGCCCGCUCGCCCGCUCGCUCACGUGCACGCGCGUUCGAAUACUUUCGCCGCUGCGCGCUUGCGUCAUCGCGAACCGCAAGAAUUCCGCGUUGCUUGCGGCAUCGCGACCUGUGCGCGGAGACUCGCAGAACGGUCGAUCGCACGCACGCACGCACGCACGGAGAUCACGAAGAGUGUUCGGGUUCUCUUAAGGUUUCUCGGCAACCGAUCGCCGCCUCUCGCGGACUUCAUCUAUCGGUCGCAUUCACGUGUAUGUUCUCUGCAUUGCCUUAUGUAAGAUGUGAUAAGUAGCGUAGCACUCGCGCGGGAUUGGAAACAGGAGAAACCGUCUCGAGAAGAAGAAGCGAACGAACGAACGAAAAGGAAACCGAGAAACUUCGUCGCCACUUUAUUGCUCACAUUCGGACGUCGUCGCGUUAUUUUUCUCUCUUUUUACCCACUUGUGUUCCACGGACAACAAAAGUCGUUGUCGGACAAGACUUCCCACUCAGAAUCGUGGAUUCGCGUUCGCUCAUAUCUUCGUUUAGUAUAUAAGAGACCAUUUUACUAUUAUUACUACUAUUACCGUUACUAUUCUCGUUGCAGUGAGUUUUCAUUGUACAGGUGAGAGGAUGUAUGAAAAUUAAAUAAUCGGACAGCGGAGUCUCUGUUUCUGAUUUCCCUCUCUCCCUCUCUCUCUCUCUCUCUUUCUCUCUCUCGUUUUGAACGCGCGUGGAACAACGCGGAGACUUCAAUGCGACGCGCAUCGAUAUGCGGCUCUCCGUAAAGCUGCCUGCACACCUACACGCGCGAGACUACCUUUGGCCGAUGCUUCACGUUCACUUCAUCGUGCGCGACGGCUGUUCAAACAAUUAACAAGCGAUUUUCUGCGUUGUCACGAUUCUGCGCAGAGCAUAUAUCAGCGAAGUAUGAUUCGUCGCAACAAAAUUUGACAUCCGCGAGUUGCGAAUCCGCCAUUUCAUCCUAUUGUGAAAUGUGCUAAAUUGUGUGGCAUGUAAUAGAUAGGCUAUGCAUUAUAAUAAUGGAGGAAAUAAAGGCAUGUUUCGAAAUUUGCACGAGAUCGGCGUAAAUCAAUGGAAAAGUAAACAGCAAUUUGUAAUGAUGUAUACGCGUGUUUACAGAAAAAGAGGAAGAAGAAGAAGCGUUAUAUUGUAAGAAUAUUUUGUUGAAACCGACGGUACUGUGCGGAUGUAUUUUCCCCAAGUAUCAUUUACAUGAUACCCGUUUCAGAUACAGGGGGCCUUAACGCUUCCAGCAUUUGCGAUUAAGAUAAGCAUCACGGAACCGCAUUCGUGCGAUUUGAUGACGCACUUUCCAAGUCGGUCUGCGAAUAAAUUACGCUCCAAAGAGCCGAUAAGUCACAAUACCUUACAGACAUAUUGUAACCAUGGCCAGCGUAUUUGUAAGAAAAAGUACUGUGGUUUUUUGCAAAAAAACUUAUGGCAAACAAUGAUCUAGCAUGUAUUAUCCUGGAAUGUUUCUCAUGAAAUUUUCAUGUAUUUAAUCAAUAA